AUGUCGCGUUUCGCUCAACAAUUUUUGGCGAAAUGCCAAGAAUUCGGCGAAACGCCGGCGCUCAUUCAUAACGACGCCGUCAUCACGUACAAGCAAUUCGUCGAGCACGUCUACGAGAUUGCCGGCGCGUUGAAGCCGGGGUCGCGAAUUUGCACGUUUUGCGCGAAUUCGCCGAAAUUCGUCGCGUUGGUCGUCGCUUCACAGAUUCGCUCGUGUGUUCUCAUUCCGCUCAAUCCGUCGUAUAAGCCGUUUGAGAUCAAAAAGUAUGUGAACGAUUGCAAGCCGGAUCUCGUCAUUCAUAGCGCCGGCGUCGAAUUGGAGCUCGAGAUAGAGAUGCGCGAGCUCGAGGCGAUGACGUCGACGGCGUCGUGCGACGACACCGGACCCGGCGCGUUGGUCUUCUUCAGCUCCGGCACGACGGGACCGCCGAAGGCCUACAAAUACACGCAGCGUGUGCUGUGUCGCCAACUCGAGCAAUUCGCCGCCGUCCAACAGGACACGCGACUCUACUCGCCGAAGCGCGGCACCGUUUGCUAUGGUGUGUUGCCGUUGUUCCACGCCGGCGGACUCGUCACCGUGUUCUCGGCGCUCUUCUGCGGCUGCACGAUGGUGAUCAAUGGCCGUUGGGAUGGCGAACGGUUUCAGGAGACGAUUCGAAAGUACAAUGUCGAAGUGUUGUUCACAGUGACGCCGGUGAUUCAGUACUUGUGCCACGUCGCCAAAGACCUCGACACGUUGACCACGGUAUUUGUUGGAAGCUCAUUCACGCCGCUUCGAUGCUUUCAAGAAUUGCCGAGACGUUUGCGAAAUUUGAAGAAUCUCAUCCAAAUCUACGGAAGCACCGAAUGCGGUGUGUUGUUGUGCAGCACGGGCAAAGGCAUCUGCGAUGGAACGUCGGUGGGAAUACCGUAUCCCGGUGUUGAGAUACGGAUCAAUGAGCAACGACAGAUUUAUGUCAAAUCGCCGACGGCCACCGAAUUCGAUUUUAUGGCGACGGGCGAUCUUGGACGAUUCGACGAGAAACUCGAAUUGGUGAUCGAGGGCCGCAGUAAGGAUAUGCUCAAAGUGCGCGGAUGGCAGGUGAAUCCGAAAGAGAUUGAGGAUCUCAUUCGAACGGUGCCUGGAGUUGACGAUUGCGCCGUGUGCAAGGAAACGAAAGAUGAUGAUGAGUCGCCGCUGAUCGCGAAAAUCGUCGGCGACGGCGCGGAUCGGAAUGAAGUGAUGCGAGUCGUCAGCGUCAAUCUCGCCUCCUACAAACAUUUGAAUCGUGUCGACAUUGUCGAAGAAUUGCCGCGAAACUCGUCGGGCAAAUUGCAACGCGGCGCCCUUUAA